AUUAAUUACAAGUGGGUGUUCAAACUUAACCACAACUACUAAACAAGCACGAAGCUUCAUAUUAUAUUUUGUAGAGAAAUGGAAGCAAAGAAAGCCAGUGGCAAGGGCUAUAUCUCGGAGGAGAUCCACGCUCAUGCCAAUAAGAUAGAGUCUCCAAUCGUGAGUGGACUGCUAGUGGCAGCUAGGAAGGGACAGACAUCAGUAGUGCUGGAGGCAAUAGCAAAGAGGGGCGGGGCUCACCCCCCUCAGGACACAGUGGACAGGCAUGGUAGGAACUGCCUUCAACUGGCUUGCUUGUACGGCCAUUAUGAGACUGCUCUGGUGAUCCUGCAAAGCAACAAAGUCAACAUAAACGCCACCAACAAGAGAGGACUGACAGCUCUUCAUGAUGCCUGCACGGAGGGUCACACUAGCCUGGCUCUGCUACUGCUAUCAAUGGGUGCUUCAGUAAAGGCAAUCACGAAGGAUGGAUGGUCUUGUCUCAUGUGUGCUUGCUCCAAUGGCCACUUCCAGUUGGCUAGCAUUCUUAUUGCUAUCGGAUGUGAAAUGAAUGCCACUACUUCUAUUGGAUUGUCAGCUCUGCACAUAGCUGCGUGGAAGGGCCAGUCGGCAGUGGUGACCAUGUUGAUUCGUAGUGGCACCAACGUUUUGGCAGAAAGUAAAAAUGGAAAGACGGCACUUGACUUGGCCCGAGAGGAGAGACAAAGCGAGUGUAUCGAUGUCCUGCAAGCAGCCGUCUCAAAGGAAUCAGAGAAUCUGGGACUCAGAAUAUCCGCACUGGAAGGUCAAUUGAGGAACUCUCAAGAACAACUGUCGAUAGCAGCUACCCAGCACGAGCAAACGCUUGAGAAGGAGCGAGAAAUGAACAAAGAAGCUCUUGUCAAGUUGGAGAAGUCAAAAGAUCAAGAAUUAGACAAAUCUAGACAAAAGUUGAAAACUCUCGAUGAAAAAGUUAAUGAAUUGCAAGCUCUUCUAAAGCGAUCAAUUAAUUCACCACCAUUGAUAAUGGAAACAUUGGCGACCCCUCCUCCAACAAAAGAAAAGAGAGUAAAGAACAAAGACAUAUUUGCCGUGGUGAAGAGUGAAGCAAAAAGAAGUGCAUCGUAUUCAGACUUAGUGUCUAUACAAGACAACACAAGUCCCAAAACAUCGAAAAAGAACCAUAAGCCAGCACAGAAAAAAUGCAGCAUCGACUCUAGUGCUGAAAGAAGAAUUAGCGUUGAGAGACGCUCCAUCACGGAACUUGUAACUGAGAGUCUUCUAAACCCCGGCUCAAUGGCGGCAAUACGACAAGAACUAAAAGCUGAUAAUCUCACACCGAAAAUCCAGCGUAAACUAAAGAACCAAACUAACCAGACUACCACACUUCCAUCGCUAAGCAACGGCUCCAGUCCAACUCACCACACUGACAAUGUACCUGAGAGCAGUGUUUCCCCUAAGGGGAGUCCUACCACUACAAGGCCUCGAUGGACCAAUCCGAUGCCUUCGCUGAAAGACUCUGCUAUUUAAAUUAGAUAGAGACUAUAAUUAUGCAAAAAUUUUAUUGUUGUUCGUUCAUACAAUUAUUGUGAGAAAAAAAAGAUUGUAGACGCACAAUAACAGUAUAAAGUGAUACGAAGCAAAAAUGUCUUUAUAGUUCAA